AUGGAUUUUGACCAAACUCAAGCUAUUAGUUAUUCUUUUGAAGAUGACUCAGAAGACAACACUGAGAAAACUGCUGAAAAAACUGUGGCAUUUCUUACAGUUUUAAAAUAUAAAGAUUUAGAGGAAAAAGAAUAUCCACUUUUUGAAGGAGAAAAUAUAAUAGGUCGACAAGAAACUUGUGACAUUUGUAUUCCCACCAAGGCUUUAUCUAAACAGCAUUCCUGUAUAGAAAUAAAGAGUGACAGUCAUUUUAUUUAUGAUAAGAAGAGUUUAAAUAAAACACGUAGGGGGAAGACUAGUGCUGGGUAUCCUCAGUCAUGUCACAAUACGAUACGAUAUGGAGUAAUGGGAUAA